AUGCUUUACUCAAUCACCUUCAUUGCGGCUGUUGCCUCCACCGUUUCCGCCCACGGUGUCCUCACUCAGAUCCAGGGUGCUAAUGGCGUGAUUAUGCCCGGUCUCUCUGUCCAGGAUGGCACUCCCCGUAACUGCGCCACUCCCGGCUGCGGUUCCGAAGCCGACACCGCCAUCAUCCGCACCAGUGAGAUGGGCGGCAAGGCCUCUGCUCUCGGCCGUACCCAGGGCGGCGGUGCCAUCGAUGCCGCUGCUGCUAUCUCCAUGUUCAUGGGCGGCGGAGCCGGAGCCGGUGCUGCAGCUGGAGGAGCCAAGCGCGGCCUUCUCGAUGCCUUGACCGGCGGUGCCGGCGCAGCCGCUGGCGGAGCCGCAGGAGGCAAAGCAGCAGCUGGUGGCAAGGCUGCUGCCGCUGAAUCUGGUGUCGCUGCGGCCGCUGGUACAGGUGCUUCAUCCGGCCUGCCCACCACCGCCGUCAACCAGGACGGUGCCGGUCCUCUUACCGCUAUGAUUGACGCUACAUCCGCUGGAACCGACCCUGCGGCGUUCAAGACCGCUCAGGUUAUGCAGAACGUGCCCGGAAUUGGCAUUGGAGGUCUUUCGCUCGCUGCGGUGAAAGACUUUCCCGUAAAAGUCCAGAUGCCGGCUGGAAUGACCUGCCAGGGCACAGCUGGUGGCGCGACGAACGUCUGUGUUGUGCGCAUGCAGAACCCGGCUCUUGCUGGCCCCUUCGGUGGCUCCGCUGCCUUCACCCAAUCCACCGCCGCUAAGAAGCGCGCGGUUGAGUACAACCUUCGCAAGAGGCACUUUGCUCGCGGUCUGCUCGGAAAGCCUGAGUAA